AUGUUGCCCAAGGCAGUCGUGCUCUCUUUCCUCCUCGCCUCCGUCGGAGCGCAGCAGCUGAAUGUCGUCGGUACUUGGCCAGAGAUGCUGGAUGGCCAGCCCAAUAAGGACUGGGUUCCCAUGCGGGAGAACAUCAACAAGCUCCAGACCGAAGCUGGACCAAAAUGGGAUCUCUACAUUCAGUCUAUCCAGGCUAUGUAUGAUGCCAACGAGGCUGAUCCUCUUUCUUUUUUCCGAACCGGAGCAAUCCAUGGUAGACCGAUUAUGGAAUGGGGCAACACAGGUGGGCCUGUGGAAGGCCAAGACCCCAAAUACUACUGUCCCCAUGGUGAAAUUCUCUUUCUCCCUUGGCACCGCCCGUACAUGGUUCUAUUUGAGCAAACCAUGAAUGCCCAUGCGCAACGAAUUGCUGCCACUUAUCCUGAAGAUGUUCGUGCGACAUACCAGAAAGCGGCGGAUUCACUUCGCAUGCCGUUUUGGGAUUGGGGAAGUGACUCUGCCGUUCCCCAAGCCAUGCUCCCUGCUACGCACAAGAUCAAGAUCUCCAAGGAUGGAAAACUGCAAGAAGCCGAUGUACCAAACCCUCUCAGCACCUAUGUGUUCCCUCAGAGUGUUGUCGAUCAAAAGUACGGGCGUUUCAACGCCAGCAACGGCCGAAUUGAGUACUGCCCAGCACCCAACAGAUUUCCAGAGACAGCCAACACCGCCAUCAAGCGAUCCAACUUUGGCAAGCAGGUCUACGACGUCUUUACGCGGGCCAAGGACUUUGAUAGUUUCGGAACGGUUGCGACUCGAGGCAGUAUCAACAUCGAAAGCGUGCACAACCGAGUGCACAGGGAGGGUGCUUGCGGCGGUCAGUUCUUUGGCGCCGACACGACCGCCAUGUCCAUGCUCUUCUGGUUGCAUCAUGCCAAUAUGGAUCGUUUGUGGGCGUAUUGGCAGCAUAUGAUGCCUGAAGAGGCCACUGUCAAGAACGACUUUCGAGAAAAAGGCCGGUUUGCUGCCCGUGCUGGAAGCCGUGGCUCCAAGGAUUCGCUGUUGCACCCGUUCCGCAAAGAAGACGGCACUAUGCAUACCCCCGAUAGUGUCAAGUCGAUUGAGGACUUUGGCUACACCUACGAGGGUCUCGAGUACUGGGAGAAGUCUCCGGAGCAGAUGAAGAAAGAGGCCACGGCCAUUAUCAACCGUCUAUACGGCCCGCCACAGAACCGUCGCAGAAGCGCACGUCCCAAGACCAGCUAUUACGCCAAGAUUCACGUCGAGGCGAGCGAAUUAGAGAGGCCCUGUGAUAUUGUCGUCACCAUGAAGGGCCAAGGCGCCGGUACGAUGGUUGUGAUGGAAUAUCCCUCUGAGGGUGAGCUGAAUGGUGGCUUUUCCAUUGACGAUGCCAUGAAGUCCAACAUGCGAAUGUUCUCCAUGCAGGCAGGUGUCGACAAGGAAAAGCUUUUCCAGCAGGGUGUCGACGUGUCCAUCAUUACGGCGAACGGUACCAGUCUCAACAUCAGCAGCAUCCCCAGUCUCAGUGUCGAGAUUGAAGAAGUACAUAUUACGCCUCCUACCGAUGUAACCGAGCUGCCCAAGGUACACAAUGGCCGUGUGUACAAGGAUAUUCAGGUUCAUGAUGACGAGAAUGCCGAGCUUGUCAAACCAGACGAGGCCUUUAUCGAGGAGCUCCUUGCUGAGGAAACGAUGGAAGGCGAAAACUUGGACCAGCCUGCUGUCGAGCAGCCUACUCCCGAGCCUAAACCUCUUCCAUCACCUAUCCCCGAGGCACAGCCUUCAUCUGUGACUAAGCCGUUGCUUGACAUGGCGCCCGAACAGCCCGCGCCUGUAACUCAAUAG